CUUGCAAUUCCAUUUUUGGGUGCUAGGGUUCAUCUAUUACCGAGGCUAAAAUGGCGUCGGAGAAGAAGUUAACGAAUCCAAUGAGAGACAUCAAAGUUCAGAAACUUGUUCUUAACAUCUCUGUUGGUGAGAGUGGUGAUCGUCUCACUAGAGCCGCCAAGGUUCUGGAGCAACUAAGUGGACAAGCCCCAGUGUUCUCUAAGGCUAGAUACACUGUUCGAUCUUUUGGUAUCAGGCGUAAUGAGAAGAUUGCUUGCUAUGUUACUGUUAGGGGAGAGAAGGCAAUGCAAUUGCUAGAGAGUGGAUUGAAGGUGAAGGAGUAUGAACUGUUGAGGAGGAAUUUUAGCGAUACUGGUUGUUUUGGCUUUGGUAUUCAGGAACAUAUUGAUCUUGGAAUCAAGUAUGACCCAUCUACGGGUAUCUAUGGAAUGGACUUCUAUGUUGUUUUGGAGCGUCCUGGUUACCGUGUUGGUCGUAGACGACGUUGCAAGUCUCGUGUUGGGAUCCAACACCGAGUCACAAAGGAGGAUGCUAUGAAGUGGUUCCAAGUCAAGUAUGAAGGUGUCAUCCUCAACAAGUCCCAGAACAUCACUGGUUAAUAACAACAAGGGAAGAGGGAACUCAUUCCAAUUUAAAUUGUUUUCUUUUUCACAUUAGUUUUCUCUUUGUUCUUUCGAUUUCGAACUAGAACGCCUUGUCCACUUGACUUUUGAAUGAAUAUAGCACUAGAAGCUUAAUAUCUUUAACAUCCAGGAUCUGAAAAAUAAUAUCACACUCGCGCAGUUGUGAGAGAAAUUUCUCUCCGGCCUUGGCGCCAUUGAGCUGUUAAAAUGGAACUAUACACGAGUGCAUCCUU